UAUAAUUCAUUUUUAUUUUUGUCUUUUUUUUUAAAAAAAAUAGAAACACAUGUCAAGUGAAACAACUAUUGAUGUAAAGAAGAGACGUAUUGAUAAUGACAAAAAAAAGUCUGUAAAUCACUCUCGUAUUUAUCAACCUUUUAGAGCCAUCGGCUAUGUCACCAAUGAGGUUCCAUAUGUUAUUAACAACUUUGGCAAUGAAUACUUUUUAACAACUUGUGUUGGCAAUAGCUUUCAAACAUAUAACUUAGGAAAGAUGAAUCUCUUGUUUGUUAGCACACCUACUGAAAAACCUAUUAGUGCUUUAGCUACAUAUAAAAAAUUAGUUUUUGCUGCCGCUGGUAACUAUGUUAUUGGUUACAAGCGAGGUAAAGAAGUGACCCGAGUGGGUGGCAAUGGCAACUUUAAUAUUAUCCAAAUUCUUAUUCUUGGGGCUUACAUUGCAGCACUUUGUGAUGAUAAUACCUUAAAGUUAUGGGAUACAAAUACUAAAGAUCUAUAUACUGAAAUUGAGUUUGGGGAAGAGUUUACAGCAACUUAUAUACUUCAUCCUUCUACUUAUCUCAAUAAGAUUCUAGUUUCUAGUGCACAAGGAACAAUGCAGAUUUGGAAUAUUAGGACAAAUAAGAUGAUCUAUCAAUUUAAAUAUAUGGGAGCUGCUAUUACUUGUCUUGCACAAUCACCUGUUGUUGAUGUAGUUGCUAUUGGUUUAUUGGAUGGUACUGUUGUUCUUUAUAAUAUUAAGGCCGAUGAAAAAAUUGAUAGUGUACGUCAAGACGACAGAGUUACGGCUAUUACAUUUAGAACAGAUGAGGAACAAGUGAUGGCAACGGGUAAUAUGCAUGGCGAUGUUGCAUUAUGGGACCUCUCUGAACGUAGAUUAGCUCAUAUAAUGAAGAAUGCUCAUGAUGGAUAUAUUACUUCAUUAACAUUUUUACAUAAUCAACCUAUCUUGGUUACAGCAGCAACUGAUAAUUCUGUUAAGCAAUGGAUUUUUGAAAAACAUAAUGCAGUACCAAACCCUUUCAAAUCUCGUAGUGGUCAUCAUGCACCUCCUUCAAAAAUUAAAUAUUUUGGCGAAAAUAUGAAGACAAUUUUAAGUGCUGGCCGGGAUCACUCACUUCGUUCGUUCAGCACAAUUCGAGAUGCACAAAACUAUGAAUUUUCACAAGGACAUCUUGCAAAGAAGGCAAAGAAAAGAGGCAUUAGUAUAGAUGAGUUGAAGCUUCCUCAGAUUAUUGAUUUUGAUGUAAAUGAUGCUAAAGUGAAAGAAUGGGAUAACAUUAUCACUUGUCAUGCAAACGAUAAUGCUUGCCGUAUAUGGUCUUCUAAGCUCAAAAAAUUAGGAGACCACCUUUUGAUAAGUACAGAUAAAACUGCAGUAAAGACAACAUGUAUUUCCUCUUGUGGUAAUUUUGGUUUCUUGGGCUGUGCAUCUGGUGCAAUUGAUAUGUAUAACAUGCAAUCAGGUUUAUAUCGUAAAACAUUUUCAGGUGAAGAUGGACAUAAGAAACCUAUUACAGGUUUAACUACAGAUACCAUUAAUCGAUAUUUAAUUUCAGCAUCAGUUGACAAGACAAUUAAAAUUUGGGAAAUUAAGACUGCUAAAGUUGUACAUACCAUUGAUCUUGAAUCAUCAGUUGUAUCUAUUCGUCAUCAUAAGGAUAACGACCUCUUGGCUGUUGUCUGUGAUGAUUUAGGUAUUCGUGUCAUUGAUCUUGAAACAAGGAAGGUUAUUAGAGAAUUUUGGGGUCAUAAAAAUCGUAUUACUGAUUUUACAUUCAGCCCCGAUAGUCGAUGGAUCAUAUCUGCAUCAUUAGAUAGCACAGUUCGCACUUGGGAUUUACCUACUGGUGCAAUGAUUGAUAUAUUCAAAAUUGAAGAUAUUGUUACUUGUUUAGCAUUUUCACCUGAUGGUGACUUUUUAGCUACAGGUCAUGUAGAUAAUGUGGGUAUUUUUCUUUGGGCUAAUCGUACACAAUAUGCAAAUGUAUCUAUGCGUAAUAUUCCUGAUGACUAUGAUGUUAAAUUGCUUUCAUUGCCAACCUUGAACGGUUUAGAGGAUUCAGAUAGUGAAGAAGAAGAAGAUGAAGAUUCUGAUGCAGAAGUGGAACAAAUGAAUACCGUUGAACAAUUGACAGAUCAAAUGAUUACACUAUCUAUGGAGCCAAGAGCUAAAUGGCAAAAUCUGUUACAUUUAGAUACAAUUAAAUUACGUAACAAACCCAAGGAGGCACCUAAAUUACCUGAAAAAGCACCCUUCUUUUUACCAACCUUACCUGGAGCCAAAACUCAAUUUGAUUUAAGUUCAACUAAUAAUACAGAACAAGAAGAUGAGUUAAAAUCAAGAGAGAUCAGUUUUUCUCAGUUAAACACAGAUACAGAAUACAGUAAAUUAUUAAGAACGGGCCAUGCAUCUGAUAAAAAAUAUCAACAAUUUGUUGAUUAUGCAAAAUCGCUUAGUCCUUCAGCUAUUGACUUGGAACUUCGAUCAUUUACAAUUGAUACAGAACUCAGUUUACUUAAUUACUUUGUAGAAGCUAUUUUAUACAUGUUGAACACGAGAAAGAAUUUUGAACUUGCUCAAGCAUGGCUUUCUGUCUUUUUAAACAUUCACGGUGAUUUAAUCGUCUCUAAUCCCACAAAUAGUAUUCAUGAAAAGUUAAAAUUAGUUUUAGAUAUUCAAGAAAGUGAAUUCGGUAGAUUAUCAGAACAAAUUCAUUAUAGUUUAUGCUUAAUUGAUUUUGCUCGUAGAACAUAAAUAAAUAAAAAUGAGCAUAAAAAAAAAUAAUAUAGUUUAUUUAAAGAUCUUUGAUAUCAAA